UUUUACCUCCGAAUACCUCGACAAAUAGCGUACAAGACUUCAAACUUCGGAUACUUUGCACUGCUCGUUCUCUCCCCUCUCAUUCUUCCUUCUGCCUCAAGAAAACUGACUCUCCCUCUCUCUUUCGCUCGUUCCAAGAAGUCGACAGCGGAGGAUCGAUCAUGAAGCUACGAUUGAGGUCGGUGGAGUCGGGACGGACGACGAGGGUCGAUAUCCCUACCCCCUCCACCGCCAUGCAACUGAAGCUUGCCGUGGCGGAGAAGCUUUCUGUUUCCCCUCUCUCCCUCCGCCUCUCCCUCAACAAGAAGAACGAGCUCGGCGAUGGUCUUCCCACUGACGCGCCGUUCGCAUCGUUGGCCAUCACCUCCGGCGAUCUGAUCUUUUACCAGGUUCUGGACCGUUCUGCAGUGUCUUCGCGUUCCGCGGUGGCCUCAAACCCUAGUUGCGAGGAGGCUCUGAUUCUGCCGGGGCCGGUCGCCGUUGAAGAUGGAGGUGCUCGUCGUGGCCUUUGCUCUUCUUCCGAUUCGGGAGGUGCCCAUUUGAAUGCUUCGCACGUUGGGGCUUCUGUCGCCGGCGGGGAAGGAAACCCUUUUCCGGAAGGAACUUCUGCUUCUUCUGAAUGCGUUGAGAUGGAUAUUGAUGGUCCCCGUGCAAUUGCCUCGUUGUUGGAUAUGGAUGAUGCUCAUGUGAGUCCCACGCCUGCUAUGGCGUCCAUUGAUCGUGUUCAUGCGGGAAAGCCUACCGCAAAAGGAGUUUUGCAGAUGGAUGAUUGUCCAGCUUGCGAAAGAGUAUCCAGUUCUGGGCAUGAUCGUUCUGCGGCGAUGGUGGGUGCUGGGAAUUAUGAGUUCGAUGGUGCUUCUUGUGGUGCAGGGAGCGGACCUCGCUCGAUUUUCGGAUUUCUAUUUAACGUUUUCUCUGAGGCUCGGAACGUGAGGCGAGAACUCGAUUUCUUGGUAUUUGCAAUCCAUGCUAUUAUGCUGGAAUCCGGGUUUCUGGGGUUCGAUAAGGAGAAGAAACGAUGCUUGGAGAGGUUUCGUUUGCCCGAUGAUUGGGUUUCUGAGUCUACUGUUUCACUCAGUUAUACUGUGCGCGAUCUUUUAGUCCCCAAUGAUGCAGUGAACGUCGUCGUGUUGAAGGUUGAGUUUUUUCCUGGUUCUCUUGUUGUUUACGGUCGCCUGAAUCGCGAACUACACCGGAUUUACCUUGAAUUUUCGCGGUAUGUUCCUUCAAUCUGUGCGAUGGUGCAGCAGACAUAUCGCCCUGCUUAUACAGGUAGAUGCCACCAUCAGAGAAUGGUGUCUGAGCUCUGGAGAGAGGUCAAGGACAAGGUUGUCUUGCCCCUUCUUCACGAGUUAUGCGAGAUCUCAAGGCUGCCGCCUCCUGCAUGUCUUGGAUGCUUGCCUGCAGAGAUGAAAGUAAAAAUUUUGAAAUACCUUCCUCCUCUGGACCUUGCAAAGAUUGGUUGCGUCUCAAAGGAGUAUCGGGAUCUAUCGUCGAACAAUGUCAUUUGGAGGAAAAAGUACGUGGAAGAAUUUGGUCCUACGGAUGUUGGAGAGUGUGAUUGGAAGCAGAGAUUUGCACAAUCAUGGAGGCUGCGGAAAAAUUGCAUAAGCCCAAGUAGGUUGUUCUAUUCGAUUCCGUCAGUAAUAGGCUUUACGCGUCCUCCCAUCCGGCAGUCUAUAGUUGGAGGCGAUUAUGAUCGUGUUCCUUUUCCAUCUCGUCAUACAUUCGGUUCAGCUUCUCUUCCUUUUGGUGCCAAUGGAAGGGGCCUUGGAUUUCAGACAGGGAGGCGAAUAGGUCACCACAUUUGUGAUCUGGGGAGAUAAGCUGGUUAAUUCUAGCAUCUUUUGGUUAUAGAUAUAUGCAGAUGCAACGCUUUUGGUUGAACUAUAAGAGAAGAUUGUGUUGAUGCACAUAUAUUUCUUUGUGUAGCUAAAGACUUUUACUAUGCAUCGACUGCAUUUGCAGUAACGAAUGGGAUAAUGAUCUCUUCUUGGAUUGGGCUGUAAAUUUGUUGAUAUAUGCAGCUUUUUGUUUGUUCUGCUA